CUCCCUCUCCCCUCUCCACACACACACACACACACACACACCGCAGGCUUCUGUCCCUCUCUCCUCUCCAGUGUAGCAGGAGUCUUCUGAAGUGUAGACCUCGUCAGUACAGACCUCCGUGUACUACACACACACACACACACACACACAUCUCCGUGGUUCCCUCUCUUCUCCCUUCUCCUGCCCGGUUGAGGGUGUGUGGCGAGUGUUCCGGUCCAGUCUUGGAGUGUAGCGAUGGGUGGAGGUUCUGUUUCGGCGACGGACUCGUCGUCCGCGGAGGGCAUGCGUCUGAAGCAGGAGAUCUCGCUGCUGCACGGCGUGUGUCUGAUCGUGGGCAACAUGAUCGGCUCGGGCAUCUUCGUGUCGCCCGUGGGCGUGCUGAAGCACAGCGGCUCGUACGGGCUGUCGCUGGUCAUCUGGGCCGUCGGCGGCGUCUUCUCCGUGUUCGGCGCCCUCUGCUACGCCGAGCUGGGCACCACCAUCCGCAAGUCGGGCGCCAGCUACGCCUACAUCCUGGAGGCCUUCGGCGGCUUCCUGGCGUUCAUCCGCCUCUGGACGUCGCUGCUGAUCGUGGAGCCCGCGUGCCAGGCCGUCAUCGCCCUCACCUUCUCCCUCUACCUGGUGCAGCCCUUCUACCCACCAUCAUGCCCCGCGCCCUACCACGCCGUGCGGAUCAUCGCCGCCAUGAUCAUAGGUGUCCUGACCUUUGUGAACUGCAUGAAGGUCAAAUGGGGUGCCAUCCUGCAGGUCGUCUCCACGGUAGCGAAGGUCCUGGCCCUCAUCAUCAUCAUCAUCGUUGGACUGGUUAAACUAGGACAGGGCUGGACCCAUAACUUUGAGGAUUCGUUUGAGGGCUCCAAGUGGAACCCUGGUGACCUGGCUCUGGCCCUCUACUCCGCCCUCUACUCCUACUCCGGCUGGGACACACUCAACUUCAUCACCGAGGAGAUCAAGAACCCAGAGAGGAACCUCCCAUUGGCCAUCGCCAUCUCCAUGCCCAUCGUCACGGUGAUCUACAUCCUGACCAACGUGGCCUACUACACGGUCAUGAGCAUGGACAUGGUGCUGGGCAGCGAGGCCGUCGCCGUGACGUUUGCUGAUGAGGUGCUGGGCUGGGCUCGCUGGCUGAUCCCUCUGUCAGUCGCCAUCUCCUGCUACGGAGGCCUCAACUCUUCCAUCAUCGCCGCCUCCAGAUUGUUCUUCGUGGGCUCUCGUGAGGGCCACCUACCCAACAUGCUCUCCAUGAUCCAUGUGAAGCGCUACACCCCCAUCCCUGCCCUGCUCUUCAAUGGUGGCAUGUCCCUGAUCUUCCUGUGUGUGGAGGACGUGUUUCAGCUGAUUAACUACUUCAGCUUUAACUACUGGCUUUUCAUCGGUCUCUCCAUCGGCAGUCUGAUCUACCUGCGGGUCAAACGGCCCGACCUACCACGCCCAGUCAAGUUGAGUCUGUUCUUCCCCAUCGUGUACUGCCUGUGUACCGUGUUCCUGGUGGUGGUUCCCCUCUUCAGCGACACGAUAAACACGCUGGUGGGCGUCGCCGUGGCAGCCUCCGGGGCGCCCUUCUACUUCCUGUUUAUCCACCUGCCGCCCAGCUCACGGCCAGCAUUCAUUGGACAGGCACUGAACUGGCUCUCCUUGUUCACCCAGAAGCUGUGUUUCUGCUGUGUGGCUGAUCCUGACCUGGACUUAGACAACCUGCCAGAGGACAAGACGGACUAGAAGAAGCCUUCGUCUUCUCCCCUCCCCUCCUCUCCUCCUCUCCUCUCCUCUCCUCUCCUCCUCUCCACCCCAGCCGGUCCAGAUAACCUGCUCGCUCGGACACAAAAUGAGUGCAGGAGUGGUCCUGUCCUUUUCUACUGGACCAGGCCACACACUCUGAGGAGCAGGAUGAGAGGAUUCUUCUCCUCCUCUCUAUCUCUCCUUCUACCUCAGACUCGUUUACUCUCUCUCUCUCUCUCUCUCUCUCUCUCUCUCUCUCUCUCUCUCUCUCUCUCUCUCUACUGCACCAGCCUGACCUCCACGGGGAGAAGAUGAACACAUCAUCACGAUCUUCUCCAACCUGCCUCUUCUCAACCGUCCCCUACGCUAGCCUACGCUAACUAGCAUACGCUAACCCAGCGCUACCAGCAAAGCUAUCCUGGAGAUUUUUUAAACGAGUUCUUGAACACUGGUGUUUUGUUGCCCCUUUGAAGGAACUUGUGUUGCCACACCCUUUGUUUGAAGAGUGUGACACACACGCGCACAUACACACACACACACACACACACACACACACACUCAUACUUACACACUCUCGGUUUUUGACUUGAUUUGGGCUACCUGAUGCAGCCACACUGUACCACUGCUUCAUCCUCACUAUCUAGAGCUGGACUCUGUCUCCCUCUGCUGGAGGUAGUAGUGAACUGCACCCAUCAGCACAGCUACCAGGAGGCAGAGAGGUCAUUGAAGGACCGUAUCAGACCGCAUCAGACCGCAUCAGACUGCCAC